AUGUAUUCUGAGAAGCGAACUCCAAGGGCUGGCAGCACGCCGCGACUCGUCAUCCACGGCGGUGCGGGCAACAUUGUCCGCCAUGGCUUCCCCGUCGAAAAGUACGAGCAGUACAGAACAGCCUUGCUCAAGAUUAUCGCAAACACGCAGGCGUACAUGACCACCCCCGUCCGCAGUGACGACGCCAAGGACAGCUCGCCACCAGCCAUGGGCCCCCAACGCCGGCGCCGCCUCCCCUCCGCGCUCGAGGUAGCCACCCACGCCGUGGCGCAGCUCGAGGACGAGCCGCUGUUCAACAGCGGCCACGGCGCCGUCUUCACGCGCGACGGCGUCAACGAGCUCGAGGCGUCCGUCAUGGUCUCGCGCGGCUUCCGCAAGCGUGGCGUCGGCGUCAUGGGCCUGCGGCGGGUGCGCAACCCGGUGCUGCUGGCCCGCGCCAUGCUCGAGCACGGCGAGCAAGACCUCGUCGGCCCCGGCGGCGGGAACCGGCCGUCAACCAUGUCAGGGCUGGACGUCCCGUCGGCGCAAGGCCACACACAGAUCUACGGCGAGGCGGCGGAACAGCUCGCGCGCGCGUACGGCUGCGCGAUGGUCGAGCCGGCGUACUUUUACACGAGGCAGCGCUGGGACGAGCACGUGCGCGCGCUGGAGCGGGAGGGGGAGGGGACGGCGACUACGGCGACGUGGGCGGCGGACGAGUUCCUCCCGCAGGGCACGUGUGGUGCGGUCGCGAUGGACGAGGACGGCGUGGUGUGCGCGGCGACGAGCACGGGUGGCAUGACGAACAAGCUGACGGGCCGCGUGGGCGACACGCCCGUGCCGGGUGCGGGCUUCUGGGCCGAGGAGUGGACGGAGUGGACGGAGGCGACGGCGACGGCGACGGCGACGACGCCGUGGGAGCGGCUGGUGAGCUCGGCGCGCGCGCCCAUCGAGCUCACCGGCUCUCUGCGGGGGCUCCUCGCCGACUGCCUGCCGACGCCUUUCCUGUACUCUCCCGUCGUCGAGUCGACGCCGACGACGCGGUGCCUAGCCGUCUCGAGCACUGGCAACGGCGACUCCUUCCUGCGGGUCAACGCGGCGCGUACUGUCGCGGCCAUGGCGCGGUGGAAGCCGCAGACGGGAGCGGCGGCCUUGCGCGCGGUGGCGGGACCGGGCGGCGAGUUGCAGCGCAGCGCGGGGGAGCGCUGGGGCGCGGCGGGCGAGGGCGAGGGCGGCAUGAUUGGCAUCGAGGCGGUGGUGACGCGCGAGGGUGAAGGGGGGGCGGUGACGGCGCGAGGGGAGAUUUUGAUGACGUAUAACUGCGGUGGCCUGUACCGCGCGUGGAUCGACAAUGACGGUAAGCCGGUGAUGAGUAUAUGGUCGAACACGACGUGGGAUGAGUUGCCGGAUGGGGAUCACUUUGAGUGA